AUGAGUGGAUGGAGUCCUGCUGAUAAGUAUAUUGAGGAAAUGACUGGUAGUGAAUUCCCAGCUGUUAAUAACAUCACUAUUUAUGGUUAAUUGCCAUCUGAUUAAGUCCCUACUCCAACAAGAUCAAGAACUCUUGUUUAAGCACACAUGAAGUCAUUAAGACUAUUUCGUAAAUGGUGUCGCUACAUGCCAAUGAUAGUUACCUGGUAGAACAUGAACAAGUAUACCACUCCAGAGAAGGCCAAAUUGCAACUUGCAGCUUACUACAGACAACAUAAUAGAGUCAGAAGUAUUGAAAAUAUCGACGAAUUUGUAAGAAAUGGCUAUGAGAGACUUUAUAACAUUUAAUAAUUGGAUGUGAUUGGAGUGCAAAUAUUAGAUCACAUUGCUCCUAUUGGCAGAGAAAACAUUCAAGAGAAUUAGGGCUUCUCAUAUCACGAUGAUGUCAAGCACAAGGACAAGUCUCCAUUCCUCAAGGAUUUCCUCUAAAGCAAAAAGAGACCUCAAUAUUGA